AUGCCCGGCAUACCCAACUUCUUCGAAACCAAGGACCAGUCGCCUGUGGGCUUUGGCGCGAAUGCCCUCAUGUCACCAACCGCGCACGUGGACUUCGCCGCCAUGAUCCAUACCGACUCCAGUACCAACGUCGAGGACGAUAGUACCUCAGCGGCGUGUAGCAGUUUGGACUGCAAUCAGUGCGCGAGCGACUGCGGCGCUAGCGAAGCCGGCGAUAUCUGUCGAGAUGCCGAGUGCGGUCCGGCCUGCGACGACGAUGAGUGCGAGCGGGCUGCCUCGCCCUGUGAAGACGCCGAGUGUCUGGCUCGCUCGCUCUCGGAGAAAGACAAGGCUGCUGCCGGCGUGCUGGCAUCGUUUGGCGGAGAAAACGCUCUGGGGCGAGAUGGGAUAGCUACCUCGAUGCCAUCCCUGCAAACCUCACAGUUCUUUUCGAACCAGAGCUCUUUCGACAAUGGGGUGAUGACAGCGGCCGGCCAAAGUUCGUUCCACAAUGGGGGAUUGCCCUCAACGAUGGUCCAGUCGAUGAACAUGGAUGGCUUCUAUCAGUGCGACCUCGACUCUCUUCCGGCCACCUACAUGGAUGCAAGUAUGGACGGCAAUUUUGACUGGGCAUCAUGGGCGGCGCACAUUGCCAACGAACACUCCUCAGGGGCUUGUGUGCGUCCCUGCUUGAUGGAGCAGAAUCUACCUUUCGACAACACGAAGUGCCCCAUGCCUCAUCAGGUGUAUGCCCAUCCAGGUCAGGAGUAUUUUUGCGUCCCCUCAGAUCAGACAAACUUUGUUGCGUGCGGUGCUGAGUUCAACAACACUACGGAUCUUAUUCAGCAUAUCUUUACGCAGCAUCAGCACCAACACUCACCGAACACCAUCCAAGUCUCUACGAAGGUUCCCCGUAACAGGGAGUCUUCAACAAACUCCUCUAUCUCGAGACCCCCGACGGCCUCAUCGCCAGUAGCAUCCCCCAAUACCAUCCCUUCUGAGGCUAGCUCCAUCACAUCGGAGCAGUUCGUUUGCAAGUGGCACAAGGAAGAGGGUGGUCAGGCCUGUGGUCUAGUCUUCCAAGACGACGAGGGUCUGCAGAACCAUUGUCGCGAACAGCAUCUCAAGAACUUGAACAAGACGGACAACGGCUUUAAAUGCCAUUGGGAGGGUUGUUCUCGCGAUGGGCAUUUUACGCAGAAGAGCAAACUUGAGCGUCAUCUCCAAACACACACCGGGUAUAAGCCAGUGAGGUGCACUCUUUGCGGUCUGGCACUGUCCGCGAAACAGUCCCUUGCUCAGCACAUGCGCAUCCACACCGGAGAGAAGCCGUGGGCAUGCCAGCAUCCAGGUUGCGAGGCUGCUUUCAAACAACAAAGCGCACUCAUUACUGACUACGGCUCAGCGAUGCAUAUGCGAACCCAUACAGGCGAGAAGCCUCUUAGCUGUGACGUCUGCGGCAAGGCUUUCGGCGAGUCUUCCAACCUGUCGAAGCACCGCAAAACCCACAAUGUCAAAGGCGCAUUCAAGUGUGAUUUCUGCGACAAGGACUUCCACAGACUUGACCAGAAACGGAGGCACGAGAAGACUCAUAGGUCCAAGGAGAACGGCGGUGCUGCAGCGGACAUCGAGCCUUCUCAAACCAUCAGGAAGACCCAGGGUGGCCGAGUCACGAAAAAUACUAAGUGA